GCGGGGCUUACUGGCCCCUUUAAAGCCUUGACAUCAAGCGGCGGCUCUGGCACCCCCCUUUCUUUGCCCCCCGCCUCUGACCCGCGGCCAUGGACCCGGCAGAUUCGGCUUGCUCUAGUCCUCCUCAACACCUGAUUUCCGCAAGGUGACCGUUCUGGCUGCUAGAGUGAGCUGAGCGUCCCAGCCUGGGUAGGGGACAGAGACAGGAUCUGAUGUCAGAGGCCAUGGAUCAGACAGCCGGGGGUCCUGGCUACCCAGCACUGGGAGAAGGUGCUGAUGGCAACAUGGAGCCCAGCAGCUGCCAGGAACUUCUGCAUAGACUGCGAGAGCUAGAGGCAGAGAAUUCUGCGCUUGCCCAGGCCAACGAGAACCAACGGGAGACUUACGAGCGCUGUCUGGAUGAGACUUUUCGUCCCCAGGUUGCCAACCAUGUGGUGCAGGCACUGCUGAACCAGAAGGACCUGCGAGAAGAGUGCAUCAAGCUGAAAAAGAGAGUGUUUGACCUGGAACGGCAGAACCAGAUGCUGAGUGCCCUGUUUCAGCAGAAACUCCAGCUCACAGUGGGUUCCCUCCCCCAGAUCCCACUCACCCCACUGCAGCCGCCCUCAGAACCACCAGCCUGCCCCUCCCUGGGUACCGCCGAGGGACCAGCCACCUCACUGCCUCUUGGGCACUGUGCAGGGCAGAGAGAGGUGUGUUGGGAACAGCAGCUGCGACCAGGAGGCCCAGGGCCCCCAGCCGCCCCACCCCCAGCACUGGAUGCUUUGUCCCCAUUCCUUCGGAAGAAAGCCCAGAUUCUGGAGGUGCUUCGAGCCCUGGAAGAGACAGACCCCUUGCUCCUGUGCUCACCUGCCACCCCCUGGCAGCCUCAAGGCCAUGGUCCUGGCUCCCCUGAACCCAUCAAUGGCGAGCUAUGUGGCCCACCCCAGGCUGAACCCUCGCCCUGGGCUCCCUACCUGCUAGUUGGCCCUGGCAGCCUGGGAGGCCUGCUACACUGGGAGCGCCUCUUGGGGGGCCCUGGGGAGGAAGAGAAUACUAGGCGGCCUUGGGGCCCUAACAGGGCCCCAUCACAGGUCCAGGACACACAUUGCACACCAGGCAGCAGUUCCUCCUCCUCUUCUGAUGAGGCAGGUGACCCCAAUGAGGCACCCAGCCCCGACACCCUACUGGGUGCCCUGACCCGAAAGCAGUUGAACCUGGGCCAGCUCCUUGAGGACACGGAGACCUACCUACAGGCCUUCCUGGCUGGGGCUGCAGGCCCACUCAGUGGGGACCACCCAGGUCCUGGGCAGCCAUUGUCCUCAGACCAGGGUUCCCCGCAGCAGUCUAAAGGCCUCCUGAAGUCAUCUUGGGGUGGGGGUACCCCAGAGGCUCACAGACUGGGCUUUGGUGCUACCUCAGAGGGCCAGGGGCCCCUCCCCUUCCUCAGCGUGUUUGCAGGUACAGAGGAUGCCCCUCUAGGCUCGCAGCCUGGCCACGCUCACUCAUCUCAGGUGAAAAGCAAGCUCCAAAUAGGACCUGCUUCUCCUGGGGAAGCCCAGGGACCCCUUCUGCCCUCUCCAGCCAGAAGUCUCAAGUUCCUCAAGCUGCCUCCAACCUCAGAGAAAGUCCCCAGUCCAGGUAGCCCCCAGCUUCCCCGGAACUCAAGAAUCCCCUGUCGCAACAGUGGCUCAGAUGGCAGCCCUUCCCCACUGCUGGCCCGCAGAGGUCUGGGUGGAGGAGAGUUGUCCCCAGAGGGGCAACAGGGCCUGGCCACCAGCCCUUCUCCCUGCCUCACAACCCCGGACUCUGCACAGCUCAGACCCCCGCAGUCCACCUUGUCCACCACACUGUCCCCAGGGCCAGUGGUAUCUCCCUGCUAUGAGAACAUCCUGGACCUCUCCCGCAGCACCUUUAGAGGAUCUUCCCCAGAGCCACCUCCCUCCCCGCUGCAGGUGCCCACCUACCCACAGCUGGCUCUGGAGGUACCACAGGCCUCUGAGGGCCUCAGAAGCCCUAGAGCUCCCCCCAGCCCUUGCCUCUCAGAAUCCUGUCCCUAUGGGACCCCCCAGGAGAAGAGUUCUGACAAGGUAGGCUCGGAGUCUCCCCACCCUGGCCGCAGGACCCCAGGUAGCUCAUCCAAGAAGCCUGCCCAGGGCUCGGGGCGACGAGCUGGGGAUCCUGGCUACGCACCUCUGCGGGACAGACUGGCAGCCCUGGGGAAGCUCAAGACAGGCCCCGAGGGUCUAGAAAAAAAUGGGGUGCCGGCCAGGCCUGGCACCGAGAAGGCCCGGGGUCCAGGGAGGUCAGGAGAGAGUACCGGAGAUGUGGUUCCCCUCACCACUCGACCACUUGAGCAGCCAGAGGCUAAAGGGGCUCUGCGGGGGGCAGUAGCCUUAGGCACAAGCAGCCUGAAGCAGCAGGAUCCUGGACUUGGGGAUCCUGGGGCCCGAGUCUACUCCUCCCACUCCAUGGGGGCCCGUGUGGACCUAGAUCCUGUCUCACCAAGGAGCUGCCUCACCAAAGUAGAGCUGGCCAAGAGUCGGCUGGCAGGGGCCUUGUGCCCCCAGGUGCCCCGCACCCCUGCAAAAGUGCCCCCCUCAGCCCCCAGCCUUGGCAAACCCAGCAAAAGCCCUCACAGCAGCCCUACAAAGCUACCUUCCAAGUCACCCACCAAGGUGGUGCCCCGACCUGGAGCCUCCCCAGUCACUAAGGAGCCACCCAAGCCUGAGAAGGGGAAAGGCUCAUCUUGGGCAGAUUGCAGCAGCUCCACAGGGCAGCCCACAUCCCCAAUACCUGGCCCUCCCGACCCAAGCCAGGGCCCUGAGGGCUCAGCCCCACACUCAGCCAUCGAGGAGAAGGUGAUGAAGGGCAUCGAGGAGAAUGUGCUGCGACUCCAGGGCCAGGAGCGGGCGCCAGCCUCUGAGGCCAAGCACCGUGGCACCAGCAGCAUUGCCAGCUGGUUUGGCCUUAAGAAAAGCAAGCUACCAGCACUGAACCGGCGCACAGAGGCCAAGAGCAAGGAAGGGGCCAGCGGGGGCUCCCCGCUCCGGAAGGAGGUCAAAGUGGAAGCCCGCAAGCUGGAGGCUGAGAGCCUCAAUAUCUCCAAGCUGAUGGCUAAGGCUGAAGACCUGCGCCGGGCGCUGGAGGAGGAGAAGGCCUACCUGAGCAGCAGAACCCGCCCGAGACCUGGGGGCCCAGCCGCAGGACCCAGCCAGGCUCUGGGACAAGUGCAGGGCCAACUGGUCGGCAUGUACCAGGGUGCAGACACCUUCAUGCAACAGCUGCUGAACAGGGUGGAUGGUAAAGAGCUGCCACCAAAGAGCUGGCGGGAGGCCAAGCCUGAGUAUGGGGAUUUCCAGCCAGGGUCCUCUGACCCCAAGAGUCCCUGGCCACCCUGCAGGCCCCGGAAUGGCCUGGUGGGCCCACUUCAGGGCUGUGGAAAAUCUCCUGGAAAGGCGAGCAGCGAGCCAGGGAGGCAGGAAGAGAUGCCCUCGGAGGACAGCCUGGCCGAGCCAGUGCCCACCUCACACUUCACAGCCUGUGGCUCCUUGACACGAACCUUGGACAGUGGCAUUGGCACCUUUCCGCCCCCAGACCAUGGCAGCAAUGGUACCCCCAGCAAGAAUCUUCCCAAGGCCAAGCCACCACGGCUAGAUCCCCAACCAGGGGGACCCCCAGCCCGGCCCCCAGCCCUUACCAAAGUCCCCCGUCGAGCCCAUACGCUGGAGCGGGAGGUGCCGGGUAUAGAGGAGCUGCUGGUGAGUGGGCGGCACCCUAGUGUGCCUGCCUUCCCCGCGCUGCUCACCACUACUCCCAGCCACCGGGGCCAUCUGACCUGUCCUGAUGAUCCCUGUGAAGACCCGGGCCCUCCCCCUGCUGUCCAGCUGGCCAAGAACUGGACGUUCCCUAACACCAGGGCAGCCAGCAGCUCCUCCGACCCUUUUCUGUGCCCACCCCGCCAACUGGAGGGGCUGCCCAGGACCCCCAUGGCCCUGCCUGUGGACCAGAAGCAGAGCCUGGAGCCCAGCCGCCCACCCCCUACGCCUCAAGGCCCAGUAUUUGGGGGCAGUCGCACCCCCAGCACAUCGGACAUGGGCGAGGAAGGCAGAGUGGCCAGUGGCAGUGCUCCGGGGCUGGAGACCUCAGAGUCCCUCAGUGACUCGCUCUAUGACUCGCUGUCCUCCUGUGGGAGUCAGGGCUGAGAGGUGGCACACACCACAGCCCCUCCGCAGCUGGGGAGCGCAGCCUGGCCUGUUCUCUUCAUGCCCCAACCCUCAAAGCCAGUGGGGCCUUCCUGGAAGGGACCAAGAAGGCAGCUGGAUAAGAAGAUGACGGGAUUCCCUGGCCCUCCACUGCUGUGGAUGAGAUGACUGUGCUCCGCUCAGGGAGAGACUCCAUCCCCAGUCCCUUCACUCACCCAGAGUAAGGCUCUUCCGCUGAGGGACUUAGGAGGCCAAGGCCACGUGUCCCAGCCCCCCAGCUCCCGCUUCAGGCUGAGCCAUCUUGUGGUGCUGGGCUUCUUGCCCACCAGCUGUGCCAUCUCUGCCCAAACUGGCUGCUACCCUGUCCCAAAGCCCCCAUGGGGCCAUUCUGGAGGACCCAUGUUGGUGGACUUUGGGGAUAGGGGGGACAAGUUGCCUUCUCUGUCUGCCCUGGUCCUCCCUGCUGUUGAAUGGUGCUGCCCUCCCUUGCCCCAUGUCUGGGGUUUAUUGUCUGUCUUUUUUGGUUUUUGUUUUUGUUUUUUAUAUAAAAGCACCUGGCCCAGUCCCCACUCCCCAACCCGCACUGCGGUUAAUUUAUCUGGCUGCUCUGCUUCUGCCGUAACCCUAAUAAAACAUGGAGGCCCAUCUCCCA